AUGGAAGGAGAUCGUGUGUUUGAGUUUGAUGUUUGGCGUAAUUUUCUGGUCUAUUGGAAAGGAGAUUUACAGUACAAGGAAACAAUCAAAAAAAUUGUAAAUAACGACCCUGAUUCGAUGACAUUCAAGGUUUUUAACCGUGAAAUUAAGUUUACACGUGACGCAUUUCAUAUAAUUACUGGUUUGAAGUGUUAUUCCUCAUCGGACAUCAAAGGUUUACAUGAAAAAGAGAAACUUUUGAAAGUCUAUUUCCCCGGAAAGGAUAAAGUUGAGUUGGGUGAUUUGUUUAAUUUUAUUACUAGUCACCCACAUGGUACAGCUGCAUCAUUUGUAGGCAGCGAUGAUGAUGCUGAGAAGUUGGCAACAAUUUAUUUUGUUGAAUCUGUUUUGAAGGGCAAGCGGAAGAAUAGGAAUGUGUCCGAGCAGAUAAUGAAAAUUGUAGACGAUGAUAAACUCUGCUCUUCUUUCAACUGGGGCUCUCUUUCUUAUGAAACUUUAUUAAAAUCAUUGAAGUGUUGUUUGAAGCCGAAUGAGAAUGAGAAUGAGAAUGAGAAAGACAAAGAUAAAGACAAGGAUAGCUACACUAUACUUGGCUUUCCUUUUGCCUUUUGUGUUUGGAUUAUGGAAGUAAUUCCUAUUUUCUAG